CGCAGACGGGACUGCGGCGGAGAGGAAGAGUUUGCGUGAGAAGGGGCCACCAGGAAGGGCGAGCGAUGGGUGAGAGAGACUGAGCACGACCGAGCAGCGCCACGAGCGAGUCGAGGCCGAGCGUGCUGGCGCAGGACACACGGACACUGUCGGCCUGCUGCGUGACAGGCGACGGGCUGGCCCUCAAUAAAGGCUGGCACCCUGCCUUCGCUCCACGCCUGUGACGCUUCUCUAAGUCUGACGGACACCUCAGCGCUGUGCCUUGCCGAGGGUGCCCGGGCGUCUGGGGCUGCCAGCCAGCACAGCGCAGGCGCCCUCGGGUGCGGCCAAGCAUGACGCCCAUGCACGGCGGCAGUGCAGCCGGCUGGUGUGUCGUCAGGGUCCGUAGUAGGGGCCUGAAACUAAUCAGGCGGCGAACCCACGGGCGGCGCGCGCAGCGUGACCGCUCGCGUGGACCCGCACCGCCGUGGCACGACUGCGGAGAGGCAUGCUCCGAGCCCCUCGCUGGCAUCCUUCCACGGGCCGAGGGCUGCUCAAGCCCCUCACGUGUGCCUAUCUGCAGCAGCGGUGCUGACCAAGCGGCGACUAUCAAGGCGCCCCAUGUGCAUAGAUGCGUUCUGGACUCACCCAGAGUCCUCUCAGUGCCCCUCACUCAGGCAGGCGCGCGUCUUCCGUGUGGCAAGCUAGAAGGCCGACGCGGUGGCGUGCUGGCCACAGCUAAUCUGAUGAGGUGCGCUCGGAGCCGACGCUGCCUCGUGUACCCGGUGCCGAGAGCGAGGGACGUGCUGCAGCAGCGGAAGCACCCCUGGGACGUGCCGUAGCCGAGGCAGGCGAUGACCGUCUGCUGGCGUGCGAGCUCGCGAGCUGGGUGG